AUGUCUGAGCAGGUGGAGAGAAAGAAAUCGUACCGAUGGGUGAGUGCCGGACAUGCCACGUAUGAUGGGGCUGAUUGGGAUAGUAGUGAUGACUCGAUCGAUGAAAACGGGAAUGUGAAGAAGGGAGUUGUCAGAAAUGAUACGAUUUCCAAACUACCGGCUUUACCAAAACUACAUUACGAUGAUGAGAAUUCUGAAGUGGUACAAGAGGGCACGAAGGAGUCAUCACAGGAUUCAAAUAGGGAUCAGCUCUCAGAACGUAUCUGUCCGCAGUCUCUUGUAGCAGACGAUGGGAAUGAUGAGAUAACCACUUGGGAAACACCAAAACUGGCCAAGAUAUCAUCUCGGAAUAGCUCAAAGAGUUCAUUGCAGGUAAAAAGGACGCCUGUCAAUGAGGAUCUGGAGAACUUGAUGGCUCAAAUCUCGAAGGAAAUGACUCCGAAAAUUGAUCAGACAGAGGAUUUUAAUGAUGAUGAGGUCUCGCUGAACUCUGAUCGUAUUUCAAGCACUGGCCUAGAGAAGGAACCCUUGAGUGCUGGCGAAUCGGAUGACGAUCUUGAGGUUGCCAAGAAUGGCUACUUUGCAAAGUACGUAAAUGAUGAAGAGGAUAAAAAUUACGUGUCUAGCGGGGAAUCUUCGACGUCAGAUAUCGAUGUUAACGACAGGCAGCUACCGGCCUCUCCUGCUAGAGAGUUUGCUGACCACAACGAUAUGGCCAGUGAACGGGAAGAUGAAGAGAGUCAAAUCGUUUCGCCGCCUUUGGAAAAGCGGGAAUCCGUCUCGUCUAGACAUGAGUCACAUAAAACUCCACGCUCAUCGUUCGACUAUAGGUACUCAUCGGACGAGGUUGAUGAAGGUGAUGAAGGUGAUGAAGGUGAUGAAGGCGAUGACGCCCUGUCAUAUACUGAUUCUAUCCAACAUCAAAAUAAAGAGGUUUCUCCGGGGGAAGAACCAGAGUCAAGACCACGUAAAGAUUACCAAUACGAAGCACAGGAGGACGAUUUAGUUGUAGACUCCGAUGAGGAAAUUCAGGUGCCGAAAUCGGGAUACUUCAAUAAAAUGGUCCACAGCGAUGAGGAUUCCCACGAGGAUGAAGAGGAAAGGACAAUCCCUGAAACGAUCGAGAGCGCCGACGAGCCUGAAGAAGAGGAAUCAACAAACAGAACAGCAAUUAAGGCUAUUGAUAAUGAAGUUACUAAUGGCCUAGUAGCAGCGGAACAAGAUGCAGAAGGGAAAGAAAAGAGUGACGAUAAUCAGCCAGAGCUAGAGGAAACAAUAAUAGAAGAGAAUGAUGGUAAAGAGAACGAGGAAAAGCAACCUUCAACUCGACAAUCGAUCAAUCUGGGGAAAUGGAAGCCCGAUACAGGGGCUGCUAGAAGUGGUUUUGUACAAGAGACUUCUAAUAAUCCUCCUCCCGGAUAUGUUUAUGACGAAACCGGGAAGCUUGUUGACUUGACUCCCUCAAGUAUGAAAAGUCGGAUCGUUUCAACGUACUCUGAAGUCGAGAGUUCAUGGAAUGCAUUCCCUUCGGAAGGAAAAGAUGAUUUAGAAACAAUAAAAGACACCAAAACACUUUACGACAACAACACGAUACACAACGUUCCUGGGAUAAUAACAAAUAAUCAAAAUCUACCUCCACUACCGGAUAUCGUACAUCCAGUAACAAGCAACGACAGCUCUGAUGAUCCACGGUCUUUUGCCACUGGCAACUCAACCUAUACUACAUUAGAUGGUGAAGCGCACAGAGGACCAGGACAAACUCAUUUCAAAGAAGUGUUUACUGUUCCCGAACCAAAGGCGGAUGAGAUAGCAAAAGUUACCGGGCAAACCAAGGUACCAUACCUUGACAUGGUCAAAGUCCUCAACGGGAAAGCUUCUCAUGUUAACAAGAUCCAGCAAUUGAGAGAAUACUCUAAGCAAUUAGAUGAGUUCGAUAGUGGGAUCCAGACAUGGCUCAAUUACACACUAAAGUCAUCUUCUAAGACGGAUAGAGAUUUCAUCUUUGAUGAAUACAAAGUUAGCAAGCAUGUCAGGGACGCUUACGCGAACGCCGAUGAAUUGAGCAAGAAACAUACGGUCAGCAACACAGUGGCCAAUGUUAAUCAAAACGUCAGCCACUUGACAAGAAAAGUAUUUGCACACUCAAAGAAGUCGAGAGGCUUGUUUUCCUCUAUAGCGAAGAAAAAAGUUUCAAUCUAA